CUAAUAAGUGGGCUUGGCUUACAAUGUAACAGUGGCAGGAGGAGGCGAGCGAAGCUAUUGAGCCAGCGAGGAGUGAAGCUGAGCCUGGCCUCACACGCUCCUAGAGGACCACCUCCUGAGAGAGUUCUUUCACCCCCUCUUCUUUCUCCAAGCUCCCCUCCUGCUCUCCCUCCCUGCCCAAUACAAUGCAUUCUUGAGUGGCAGCGUCUGGACUCCAGGCAGCCCCAGAGAACCGAAGCAAGCCAAAGAGAGAGGACUGGAGCCAAGACACUGGUGGGGGAGAUUGGAUGCCUGGCUUUCUUUGAGGACAUCUUUGGAGCGAGGGUGGCUUUGGGGUGGGGGCUUGUGCUGCAGGGAAUACAGCCAGGCCCCAAGAUGGACACUUCUGGGCACUUCCAUGACUCGGGGGUGGGGGACCUGGAUGAAGACCCCAAGUGCCCCUGUCCAUCCUCUGGGGAUGAGCAGCAGCAGCAACAGCAGCAGCAGCAGCAGCCGCCGCCACCACCGCCAGCGCCACCAGCAGCCCCCCAGCAGCCCCCGGGACCCUCGCUGCAGCCUCAGCCUCCGCAGCUUCAGCAGCAGCAGCAGCAGCAGCCACCGCAUCCCCUGUCUCAGCUCGCCCAACUCCAGAGCCAGCCCGUCCACCCUGGCCUGCUGCACUCCUCUCCCACCGCUUUCAGGGGCCCCCCUUCGUCCAACUCCACUGCCAUCCUCCACCCUUCCUCCAGGCAAGGCAGCCAGCUCAAUCUCAAUGACCACUUGCUUGGCCACUCUCCAAGUUCCACAGCUACAAGUGGGCCUGGCGGAGGCAGCCGGCACCGGCAGGCCAGCCCCCUGGUGCACCGGCGGGACAGCAACCCCUUCACGGAGAUCGCCAUGAGCUCCUGCAAGUACAGCGGUGGGGUCAUGAAGCCCCUCAGCCGCCUCAGCGCCUCCCGGAGGAACCUCAUCGAGGCCGAGACUGAGGGCCAACCCCUCCAGCUUUUCAGCCCCAGCAACCCCCCGGAGAUCGUCAUCUCCUCCCGGGAGGACAACCAUGCCCACCAGACCCUGCUCCAUCACCCUAAUGCCACCCACAACCACCAGCAUGCCGGCACCACCGCCAGCAGCACCACCUUCCCCAAAGCCAACAAGCGGAAAAACCAAAACAUUGGCUAUAAGCUGGGACACAGGAGGGCCCUGUUUGAAAAGAGAAAGCGACUGAGUGACUAUGCUCUGAUUUUUGGGAUGUUUGGAAUUGUUGUUAUGGUGAUAGAGACCGAGCUCUCUUGGGGUUUGUACUCAAAGGACUCCAUGUUUUCGUUGGCCCUGAAAUGCCUUAUCAGUCUGUCCACCAUCAUCCUUUUGGGCUUGAUCAUCGCCUACCACACACGUGAAGUCCAGCUCUUCGUGAUUGACAAUGGCGCGGAUGACUGGCGGAUAGCCAUGACCUACGAGCGCAUCCUCUACAUCAGCCUGGAGAUGCUGGUGUGCGCCAUCCACCCCAUUCCUGGAGAGUACAAGUUCUUCUGGACAGCGCGCCUGGCCUUCUCCUACACACCCUCCCGGGCGGAGGCCGACGUGGACAUCAUCCUGUCUAUCCCCAUGUUCCUGCGCCUGUACCUGAUCGCCCGAGUCAUGCUGCUGCACAGCAAGCUCUUCACUGAUGCCUCAUCCCGCAGCAUCGGGGCCCUCAACAAGAUCAACUUCAACACCCGCUUCGUCAUGAAAACGCUCAUGACCAUCUGCCCUGGCACUGUGCUGCUCGUGUUCAGUAUCUCUCUGUGGAUCAUUGCUGCCUGGACCGUCCGCGUCUGUGAAAGGUACCAUGACCAGCAGGAUGUAACUAGUAACUUUCUGGGCGCCAUGUGGCUCAUCUCCAUCACAUUCCUUUCCAUUGGUUAUGGAGACAUGGUGCCCCACACAUACUGUGGGAAAGGUGUCUGUCUCCUCACUGGCAUCAUGGGUGCAGGCUGCACUGCCCUUGUGGUGGCCGUGGUGGCCCGAAAGCUGGAACUCACCAAAGCAGAGAAGCACGUUCACAACUUCAUGAUGGACACCCAGCUCACCAAGCGGAUCAAGAAUGCUGCAGCCAACGUCCUUCGGGAAACGUGGUUAAUCUAUAAACACACAAAGCUGCUAAAGAAGAUUGACCAUGCCAAAGUCAGGAAGCACCAGAGGAAGUUCCUCCAGGCUAUCCACCAGCUGAGGAGUGUCAAGAUGGAGCAGAGGAAGCUGAGCGACCAAGCCAACACCCUAGUGGACCUUUCCAAGAUGCAGAACGUCAUGUAUGACUUAAUCACAGAACUCAAUGACCGGAGCGAAGACCUGGAGAAGCAGAUUGGCAGCCUGGAGUCCAAACUGGAGCAUCUCACCGCCAGCUUCAACUCCCUGCCGCUGCUCAUCGCCGACACCCUGCGCCAGCAGCAGCAGCAGCUCCUGUCUGCCAUCAUCGAGGCCCGGGGAGUCAGCGUGGCCGUGGGCACCACCCACACCCCCAUCUCCGAUAGCCCGAUUGGGGUCAGCUCCACCUCCUUCCCGACCCCAUACACAAGUUCAAGCAGUUGCUAAAUAAAUCUCCCCACUCCAGAAGCAUUACCCAUAGGUCUUAAGAUGCAAAUCAACUCUCUCCUGGUCGCUUUGCCAUCAAGGAACAUUCAGACCAGGGAACGGGAAGAAGAGAGACCGAGCUAAUUAACUAACUCAUGUUCAUUCAGCGUGCUUGGUCCGACAUGCCUUGAAACCAGAAAUCUAAUCUCUGUUUAGGUGCCUCUACUUGGGAGCGGGAAGAGGAGAUGACAGGAAGCGACGCCUCUGGCAGGGCCCUUGCUGCAGAGCUGGUGGAGAACAGAAAUCCACGCUCAAUCUCAGGUCUUCACGUGGGGGGUGGGGGUCAGAUGCACUGAAGUAGCCAACAGUGAAGCCAGUCCAGAAGAGGGGUCCACUGGGAGAGGGGGUCGUGUCAGGCUUGGGGAAUGGGUUCUUCACGAUGGGGGUCUUUGAACACGCCCCUCUCUCUUCCUUUUGUCUCCAGAAGCCUCUGUGUGGCAAAGAGAAAAGAGAGCUGCCCACAACUUGCCAAAACAAAAAUACCCAAAUCAGACUGAAAAAAAAAAAAAAGGAAAGACACAGACAAAUAAAAAGCCAGGUUUUCCACUCAAUAUAAACACCCAUAUAAACCUGUGUGUUUGCAAGCGUGCACAUGUAUACACACACAUCGGCUUUCGGUCCAGGUCCUUUCUUAUUUGAGCUUAAUCCAAAUAAAAAGGGACUUGACACCUUACCCAGCACACAGUAGGCACCCGUUCCAUGGGUGUUGAGCUGGUUUGAAUCUGAACGUGGGGUGCUUUCAGGUCAGGUAAUUAUCUAGCACCGGAUGAAUUCUGAGUUUCACUGAAGAUGUGGGUCCCUUCAGACACAAUGCACAUUGCUUUGUCCUGGACAUGCACCUUGCUUGAUUUGAAAUGGAUGCCAAGCCAAAACUGUUGGCAUUCAGGAGGGAUAAGCAGGUUUCUAAAAAUAACAGCACCUGCAGUUUUCUUCUUCCAUCCAAACAAGCCGUGUUUUGAUGGACCACAUGACCAGGUGUUUGUCUGUAUGUGUGGAGGGAGAGGACAAGAAAUUGUGCCUGUGUGUGCAGACGUACAGACAAGAGCAACUCAAUAACACCUUAGCGAAUAGAAGGAUGCUUUGGAGAUUUGCUGAGCCGUAUUUAUCUGGCAACAGGUUUCCAGCCCCAGAUGUUAGGAGUGUAAAAGGGCCAAGUGCCUCACCUGUGAGCCUCUGAGCUGGGAGGAGAAGUGAUGAAGAGUGGCCCAUGUGGUCCCUUCUACCUGACCUGAAGUCAUCUCAGAAUGAAAUGUUGUGGGAAUAAAGGGAACCCUUAGGGAGCCCUGUGGGUAAGGUAAGAGGAUGUAGAUUUGUCGGUAGCCUGUUCCCACUGUGCCAUGUUAAUCUUGGUGCAAAAACUAUUCUGAUGCAUCUCAAACUCCAAGAGACUUCAGAAACAUCAAGGUUCAGUGUAGUGAGAGGCACUGAAAAUUUUUUUCAUUGAUCCAUAAUUAACCACACGUAACAUUCAUGGUAUGAAAACCGUCAUGCUAUUCACCACUUUUCUCAUUCUGAGGUCUUUGGUUUCUGCCUGUGGGAAACUGAAUGGCACUGUGUGGACUAUUUCAUCUGUGGAAGGUAAAACUAAAGAGUGAUUUUUUGCUUGUGGUUGUCAUCUUGGGUUUACCUUUGUAAGAAGACAUCAUCGCCCUUCUGAAGGCAGUGCCUUGGCAUGGAGAUUUUUCUUCUGCAGCACUGGGCCUGUUCUUCUAAGGACAGCACAAGGUAGACAACUGCAGAACCAAGGCCACUCUUUCAGGAAGAUCUAGUCUCUUGCUAACCCUCUUCUGUCUCUUGCGAUUGCUGCUGCUCCUUUGAUGGUUUAUAGUCUUAAUGGCUUGCCUUGAUAAUUCCUUUGAACACUUUCAUUAGUUGUUUUGCAUACCAGAGAUGCCACACUUGCUGUUGGCUUAUUUUUUUACUUGUUCUUUUAACUGUUGAUUAUCUGAAAGUUUCCCCUCCUUUUUUUACGUCCCAAGAAUGGUGCUCCUGUUUUCAGUGACAGUUCAGCUGAACAUAUAAGCAGAUGUGUAAACAGAUGAAAUAACCAUGCAGUUUCCUUGUGAUAUCAGUUCCAUUUCACAAAGUGAAGACCGCUGGUGGGCUGAUCUGAGUGUGCCAAUCCUGAUCAUUUAAACCUACAGCCUUCAACUAGUGAUUCUUAUUCACCUCUUUCAUUCUGCUGUAACCCUGUGAUAUGUGUGUGUGUGGGUGUGGGUGUGGGUGUAUGCACAUAUAGAGAUUUAGUCUUAAUUUCAACCAAAUGACAUGCAAGAUUCCACUGCCACUCUUCCUGGCCAAAAGUGUGCACAGACUGUGAUUUAUCCAUUGUGGUCUGCGAAUAAUUCUUUCACCCAUCACUGAUGCUCUCACUUAGGUAAACCCUAAAGACCAAACUAGCAACAUUAGUCACGGAAGUGAUGGGAGUUAUUUCUGGUAGCAGCAGCCACUGGCAUCCUAGAAACACAUGGACAUUUGUAGCAUGACUUGACCUAUUGGUAGUGCAAUAGCUAUACAUGAUCUUUAUUCUUGGCAAAAGAAUGCUUACGCUUCA